CAUGGGAGUUUGGCAUCCUGCUUAAGAGGUAUAAUUGAUUAAUUUGCGUGUAUAUAUUUGCAGCCCAUUUGAUGUUAAGAACCCAUAUUUAUCCAAAAUAUCAGUUAAUCGUGAGCUCCACAAGUCAGGUGAUCGCUCUUGUAUGCAUAUUGAGUUUAAUAUUGAUGGAACAAAGAUGAAGUAUGACGCAGGAGAUCAUGUGGCCGUCUAUCCCAAAAAUUCUUCUGAAUUAGUAGAGAAAAUUGGAGAAUUGUUAAAUGCAGAUCUAGAUACUGUAUUUUCAUUGUUGAACACUGAUGAGGAAUCCAGUAAAAAACAUCCAUUCCCUUGUCCUUGUACUUAUAGAACAGCUUUAACUUAUUAUUUGGAUAUAACUUCAAAUCCACGCACACAUAUUAUGAAAGAAUUAAUAGAAUAUGCAAGUGAUCCAAAGGAUCAAGAAAAAUUAAAGCUUAUGGCAAGCUCAACCCCAGAGGGCAAAAAAGAAUUUCACGAAUGGAUUUUGCGUGACAACCGUAAUAUUGUUCAUAUUUUGGAAGAUUUACCAAGUGUCAAACCUGAUUUGGACCAUUUAUGUGAACUACUCCCACGAUUGCAGUGUCGUUUUUAUUCAAUAUCCUCGUCACCAAAAGUGUACCCAAAAUCUAUUCAUAUUACAACAGUUCUAGUACACUACACUACUCCUACUAAUCGAGUCAAUAAAGGUGUUGCAACUAACUUAUUAGCCCAAAUGAAACCAACCAAUGACAAACUUCCACAACCUACUAUACCUAUUUAUAUUAGACGAUCUCAAUUCAGAUUGCCCCCUAAGAGUCAAACUCCAAUCAUAAUGAUUGGUCCCGGUACAGGAUUAGCACCAUUCCGAGGUUUUAUACAAGAAAGAAAUUAUGCACGUAAAAAAGGUAAAGAAAUAGGAGAAAUGGUUCUGUACUUUGGAUGUCGAAAGAAGGAUGAAGACUUCAUUUAUGAAAAUGAGUUACAAGAAUAUGUUGCUAAUGGAACCUUAACAAAGCUACAUUUGGCAUUUUCGCGUGAUCAACCUGAAAAGCAGUAUGUGACACAUUUGUUAGAACAAAAUGCUGAUGAACUGUGGAAUAUUAUUGGUGAAAAAAAUGGUCAUUUAUAUGUUUGUGGUGAUGCAAGGAGCAUGGCAAAGGAUGUGCAUAAUAUUAUUGAAAAAGUUGUCAUGGAAAAAGGUCAAAUGACCAAUAGUCAGGCAUUCGAUUACGUUAAAAAAAUGGAACAACAGAAAAGAUAUUCUGCUGAUGUGUGGAGCUGAUUUAUGG